CCUAUCUUCUUGGGGAAGUGUUGCUCUGACAGCUGAGCUGCAGUAUAAAAGGCCAUGUCAGGGAGAAUAUUUUUGAAUUGAUAAGAGAGUUUAGAAUGCUAAGGGGAAAGUUCCUUCAGCAACUUCGGAAGAAAACUUAAGUUUUAAGAGAGAUUAUCAUUCAGCCUUGUCAUUCGACUAUGAUUUGAUCUAUGAUUUAAUACCAUAUCACAGUGUUUUUUCUUUCCUGACAUCAACUUAAGAGUGACUAUCCUCAUAAAACAAAGUAUGGCUUCAAUUUUCCCUGCUUCCAGUACACCCAUGAGAUCUGACAGGAAUACAUAUGUUGGAAAAUGUUUUGUUCAUGUUGAAAAUCCUUACCUGGAUUCUAUGGAUGAAGAUGUUCUCUAUCACUUGGAUUUAGGAACAAAAACACACAACCUACCAGCAAUGUUUGGAGAUGUAAAGUUUGUCUGCAUUGGCGGGAGCCCCAACAGAAUGAAAGCAUUUGCCCUGUUCAUGCAUAAGGAGCUCAGACUGGAGGAUGCUGAAGAGGACAUGAAGGACAUCUGUGCCGGGACAGACAGAUAUUGCAUGUACAAAAUUGGUCCCGUGCUCUCCAUCAGUCAUGGCAUGGGCAUCCCCUCCAUUUCUAUUAUGCUUCAUGAACUCAUUAAACUACUGUACCAUGCCCGGUGCUGUGACGUUACCAUUAUCAGAAUUGGUACAUCGGGGGGAAUAGGGAUUGCACCUGGGUCUGUUGUAAUAACAGAUGAGGCCGUAGACUCCUUCUUUAAGCCCCAGUUUGAACAGAUAAUCUUGGACAACAUCGUCACCAGAAGUACCGAACUUGACAAAGAAUUGGCUGAGGAACUACUCAACUGUAGCAAAGACAUUUCUGACUUCCCAACCCUCACUGGACAUACGAUGUGUACCUAUGAUUUUUAUGAAGGCCAAGGUCGACUAGAUGGAGCGCUGUGCUCCUUUUCCAGAGAAAAGGGGUUAGAUUACUUGAAGAGAGCAUACAAUGCCGGCGUCAGGAAUAUCGAAAUGGAAUCUACAGUGUUUGCGGCCAUGUGUAGACUUUGUGGUCUAAAAGCUGCUGUGGUCUGCGUGACACUUCUUGACAGACUUGAAUGUGACCAAAUCAACUUUCCCCAUGAUGUUCUGGUGGAGUACCAGAAACGGCCUCAGCGCCUCAUCUCCAAAUUCAUCAAACAGCGGCUCGGGCUUCGUGACCAGACAUCAUAGCUGGGCAACCCAGUCCUUCCCUACAAGUCUAUAGUUCCAGUCGUAAUGUUGAAGUCUUAUAUAAUUUGUGGCAUUUUAAUAUAGUUCUCAUCCACAUGCUAAAAUCAUAAUUGAAUGAUUUAAUAAAACUCUUUCUCUUAAAAAAUGGAUUUUCUUGUAAAAGAAUUUAAUAACUCAGAUUCAAAUUUCAUUUUAGAACAAGUUAACUAAGUCAGUCUAAUAAUUAAAAUUGUAAAACUCCUGUAUUGUGACAUUUGGAGUUUCAUAUGCAGCAUUAAUUAAGCUCACAUCAAAAUAGAUCAGCCACUUGUAGAUAGUUACCCAUCACUCUGUUUCUGAAACCAGUCCAGAAAUUCAUGUUAGAAUGUUGUCAGGCACUUCUAGGUGCUGGACAAGUGACAGAAAUUGAUCAUGCACAUUCAAAAUAUUUACAGAAAAAAGUGUCAGUGUAAUAUAGGUCUACAUGAAAAAGCUACCCUUGGGGAAAUAUGACCAUACUUUUUUUUCCCCUUGCAAGAUUUCAGUGCACCAUCGAACAGGAUUAGCAGCUUAGGUUUGCCCAUGUUUGUGAUUUUUAUCAUAAAAUAUAAAAACUCUAUAUCACACAUUGAUUUUUCAAAUGAAAACCUUUGGAAAUGCAAAGAAAGAUUUUCGUUUUUCUCCAGAAAUCACAAAUGAUUAAAUCACCUUCUAGCAACCUUUUUUUUUUUUACGGAAAUGUGUUUGAAGAAGCUGAAUUUUAAAAUUUCAUUUUAACAUUAACCUCAUAGGCUGAGGAGUUAAUAUCAGCUGAAUUUAGACUUGAGUUCAAGAAGUUCAAGUCGUCCUUUGGGUGAAUUUGGAUCUUGUCUGCACCUUGCCUGUACCCCUGUUCAGGUCAACCCUCUGGGAGGCAUGGUGUGACUUAGGGGGUACCCUACGCUCUAUAUGAGUGGAUGCCACCUGGAGGAGGUUUUUUGAAAGCUGAUACACUUAGGAGUUGGGAAGCAUGGAUGGGGGAUGAGUGGAGGAUGGCUUACCAAUCUUGAAUGGUAUGUAAUGUUGUGUACAAAUAUUUUUUUUGUUGUGGCUCAAAUAAAGUUUAAUUCUAACCAUGA